CUGCCGGCCGGCGGUCCCAGGCCGGUGGACCGUUGGCGGAGGCCUGAGCGCGAGCUGUCUGGACACGCUUGAGCCAUCGGGUUCCGGAUGCGGGCCGCCAGGAGCGAAGCCGCGAGGGAGGCGCCGGGCGCAGGGCGGGCUUUCCCUCCCCGCGGGAGUCAUCGCGGCACGCAUUUGUCAGACUGAGCAGGCGGUGGGCCUGAUGGCCGAGGACAUCAGCCAAGAAGCCCUGGCGGGAACAGGCACUCUGUGGGCGGCCCUCAGGGCACUCCUGCCCGGCACUAAAGAGGAGCUGCGGCUGGACCUCAGCGAGAGAGUGGAGAGGGGCGUGGCGCUGCUGCUGCAGCAGGCCACCGACCUCUUCUACAGGGGCCGGAGGGCCGAGUGUCUGCAGACAAGCGAGGUCAUCCUCGACUACAGCUGGGAGAGACUCAACACCGGGGCCUGGCAGGACGUGGACAAGGACUGGCGUCGUGUGUACUCCUUCGGCUGCCUUCUGAAAACCAUGUGUCUGUGUGAGGCGCCUGGGGACGCUACCACCGUGGCCACGGCCCUGAAAGUCUGUGACAUGGGCCUGCUGAUGGGGGCGGCCAUCUUUGAGGACAUCCUCAUUAGAGUCGCUGCCGUCCUCCAGACGCACCUUCUCUCUGGAAAAAGGCCUGCCCGAGGCCCAACCCAGGAGCCGCCCAUCACGAAGAAAGCCAGGGCGGAGCGAGCCUCGAGUCCAGACGUGACGGCGGGAGGAGCGGUGCCCCGGCUGCACUGCCCGUCCCUUCAGCAUUUCCGGGAGCGCUACCUGCUGCCCCAGAGGCCCGUGAUCCUGGAGGGCGUGGUGGACCACUGGCCAUGCAUGAGGAAGUGGAGUUUGGAGUAUAUCCAGGAAAUUGCUGGCUGCCGAACGGUCCCAGUGGAGGUUGGCUCCAGGUACACAGACGAGGAGUGGUCUCAGAGACUCAUGACGGUCAGCGAGUUCGUCGGCCAGUACAUCCUGAAUGAGCCGAGGGACGUUGGGUACCUGGCGCAGCACCAGCUCUUCGACCAGAUCCCAGAGCUGAAGCAGGACAUCGGCAUCCCCGAUUACUGUUGCCUGGGCGACGGGGAGGAGGAGGACAUCACCAUUAAUGCCUGGUUUGGGCCCCCGGGCACCGUCUCCCCUCUGCACCAGGACCCCCAGCAGAACUUCCUAGCCCAGGUGAUCGGAAGGAAGUACAUCCGGCUGUAUUCCCCGCAGGAGUCGGAGGCUCUAUAUCCUCAUGACACGCACCUUCUCCACAACACGAGCCAGGUGGACGUGGAGCAUCCUGACUUGGAGAAGUUCCCCAAGUUUGCUGAGGCCCCAUUCCUGUCCUGCAUCCUGUCUCCUGGAGAGGUCCUGUUCAUCCCAGUUAAGUACUGGCAUUACGUGCGAGCCUUGGACUUGAGCUUCUCAGUCAGCUUCUGGUGGUCCUAGCCAGGCUUGGUGGGAGGACCCACCUGGGGUCCCAAUGUAGGGCCCUGAGAUCUAGAGCCAAGAUAGCCAAGCCUGAGCCCCGAAGAGGCCUCCAGGGGGCUGGGCCAGGUGUGCAUGGCAGAAGCACGUGGCAUGCAGUCUGGCACCCGCCUGCACCUGGGCAUUGUGAGGCCUGGGAUGUUUGGGAACCGGGCAGGUGAUGCGUGCAGUGGCCAAUCCUGGGCUCUGGGGUCAGCUGCCUGGGUUAAACCCUGCCGUGUGAUUUGGGGCCAGCACAGCACCAUCUUCUCACCUCGGAGGGUUCAAGGCUACCUCUCCACAGUAGUAGCUACUGCCGCUGAUCUUGUUAUGAGCGUCACACACUUCUUUGUCAUGACUGGGUCUGUGCAGACGGCCACACUUGCAGACUGGAGACAGGUGGGCAUGGCCCUGGUGACAGGGCAGGUCCUUACCAGCUUGCAAUACAGCUCAGGCCUCUGCUGGGGACGUUUCUGUGGUCACUGCCAAGGAGUGCAUGCAUCUUCUAAGCUUGACGAAUUCUCACGUGCAUCUUCACCAGCGGCUGGUCCCAAAGCAGGAAACAACCAUUGCCAGCACCCAGAAACUGCCUCCCGCCCCACAGCCUCCAUCCUCCCAGGGUCACUGAUGUCUGGGGAGAGGCCCAGGCUUCAGGCUUCCCAUAAACAUGUUUGUUUUGCGUUUUGACCACUAAGACUUUCCCCAGCCCUCGGACUGAAGACGGGCAUAUCCCAUCAGCUGGCAUCACAAAAGUCUCAGCCUUGCAAUGAGAUGGGUCACAUUUCUGCAAUAUUGUCUAGAUCUGACAACAUUCAUCACACCAGUGACCAAGGGGUAAAGACUAACCUGUUCCAAACCAAUCAUAAAGGGAAUUUUAAAAACUGGUCAACCUUAAAAAAAAGUACAAUUUUACUAAUACUCAAAAAUGUGCAGAUUAUAACAAAGGCUACUGGCUGAAUUAAAACCAUUUUAAAACUUA